GUUAGUGGGCAGCAACCUCAGAGUCCCUGCUGAAUGGACAGGGAGAACACAGCCUCUGGAGGGAAGAGCAAGAACUGUGCAGAUCACCUGCCCCCACUGGCGUGCACCGAAGACAGAGUCAUUUCCAGACACCAGACGCCUCUCCAAGACCUCUCAUCCCAUUAUGAAGCUGCUCUUUCUUCUCUUUCUCCUGCUAGUAUGUCUAAUCCAGACAGCAUCAGGACAUCAAAGGCAAAGGAAAUUCCUUGCCUGUGAAAACAUGGGUGGUGCCUGCAAGCACCAGAAAACGCACGGGUGCUCCAUCCUGCCUGCACAGUGCAAGGGUCGGAAGAAACACUGCUGCCGAGUGUAAGCGCACAGCCCGAGGACGCCUGAGAAAGCCCUGACCGCUCCUGCUGCUGUGCUCAGUAAAGCUGCUGCCACC